ACAAGAUGGCGGCCUCCGGUGGGAAAGGACAGCGGGCGUUUGCCCAAAAGUUGAACAAAAACCAACCAGCUGCCGAUAUCCGUCGUCAAGUUUCAUCCCAUUAUUCUGGUCGUGAUCUUGCCCGUCUAGGAAUAGGAACUUCAGCAUCUGGCUCGGUUCCGCUGUCAGACGUUGUUGAUCCUUUAGACUUUGAAGAAUUCCUUGAAGCAAACCGGAUUCAUUACAACCGAGAUCCUUUACGUCAUCUUCUUGAGUUUCCUGCUGAUGAUUUGGUCGUCACCUCUAAACCCAAAGAAUGUCGGACGGUCAAACCAUCAUUGCCCGAACCAGAUUCGGACAACAACAUCCAGGUACGGGAUUGUCUUCAAGCCUACACCUGUGACUGGGCAGUGGUCCUACGUAAGUACCAAGACUGCGUCACAGCACACGUGGGCGACACACUCCAUCAAAGGCAAAUCGCACUGGGUUCAAGUCAGCAGGUGUUUGAAGUGGAUGAACAGCUGCCGGAAGAAGAAGUUCCACAGCAGUUAGCAGGUGGUGAUGAUAUGGGUUUUGAAAUCAUGUUGCCAUUCCUGUGGAAAGCUCCGCUAGCCACGUACCACCAUACAGCCCCUAUCAUCAGGCAUCCAAAGACGAGGCUUACGAAGCGAACCUCCAUCCAUCUUGACAGCACACCAAGGGGAAGCUGGGCUUCCAGUAUAUUUGAUCUGAACAACAGCGAGGGUGACGCCCCACUGCCACGCCUUCUAGAGCACACACCCGUAGAAAGGCAGGAUAGCAUCAAUGAGGAUGUACGUUCACAGAGUAGGCAACCGGAUUUAUUCUGUCUUUACCCUGGUGUUGAAGAGACUGAUGCCAUCGAAAGAAGGAUGGAAGCUAAGAUGCCUAGAGAGCACUAUGGAUAUCGUAUCUUUGUCAAGUGCCUAACUCUAAAGUUGGAUCUUGAAGUGGAACCCAUCUUUGCAUCGAUGGCCUUGUAUGAUGUCAGGGAGAAGAAAAAGAUUUCUGAAAACUUUUACUUUGAUCUGAACACUGAGGCCAUAAAGGGUAUGAUUAAGAGUCACCUUGGCUACCCAGACCCUUCCACCCUGGCCCGCAAUGCAGUCUUCUCUACUACCUACCCUACUAAUGAUGUCUACAUCGUCAUCAAGCUGGAGAAAGUCUUACAACAAGGUGAUAUAUCAGAGAGUGCUGAGCCAUAUAUGAAGGAACAGGAAAACCCCAAGCAUGUGGAUCGUGCCAAACAGAAUGCCCGCUACUAUUGCGAGAAACUAGGUGCCUACCGCAUGCCCUUUGCUUGGACUGCAGUGCAUCUCCUAAACAUCAUCAACGGAGCCAACAGCAUUGACCCCAACCCUGACAACACCGACGUAGACAAGGUCAAAUCCAACAGCUUGGACAGUCGCAAGAAGAGCAUCGGUGUUGAUCAUAGCUUCGGAUCCCUCCCAAGAAAGCCAGGCGAGCCAGGGGUGUCGGCUAGCGUCUCGGGCGGGGCCAGUGGGAGCCUGAAGAGGAGUGGUUCGGAGAGGCGGAGUUUUUACAAAGUGGAGGAUGAUGCUGAAAAUCUGGACUCGUUUCACCCUGUGAUGAUAACAGUGUCUAGCUUUUUCAAACAGGAAGGAGAACGUUUGAGCGAUGAUGACCUUUAUAAAUUCCUUGCUGACCUCAAGAGGCCAACAUCAGUCCUAAAGAGACUCAAAUGCAUUCCAGGGUCUCUGAAACUUGAUAUCUCACCGAUGCCAGAGAACCCGCCGUACUGUCUGACCCCUGACCUCCAGCAGGUCAAACCUUUCCCUGACAUGAGAACGAGACCAACCCGUGAAAUACAAGAGUUUCCAUCCAGAGAUGUGUACCACCCUCAUAGCAUCUACCGCAAUCUGUUGUACAUAUACCCCAAGAAUCUAAAUUAUUCCAAUCGAUCAGGCAAGGCCAGGAAUAUCGCUGUGAAGGUCCAAUUCAUGGCCGGAGAGGACCCUGCUACUGCAGUCAAGUGCAUCAUGGGUAAAUCCAGUUGUCCAGAAUAUUCGGACAAUGCGUACACAGCCGUCACGUAUCACGCCAAGUCUCCAGAUUUCUACGAGGAGAUCAAAAUCGCCCUACCAGCUGACCUUGCUGAUUAUCAUCAUAUUCUGUUUACGUUUUAUCACAUCAGUUGCCAACGGAAACAGGACGUUAUACCAGUAGAGACUCCCAUUGGACACACCUGGUUACCAAUGCUUCGAGAUGGCCGUCUUCAAGUUGGUGAUUUUGGCCUGCCUGUCUCUAUGGAUGUACCUCCCAUGGGUUACUCAAUGCUUAGUCCAGAGUUGCUCAAGUCACGUUCGUUAUCCAAGCCCGACAUCACCCGGUCACAACAGGUUCAGUUGCCAACAAUGCGUUGGGUGGACGGCCACAAACCGCUGUUUAAUGUUGCAGUCAAAGCCGUCUCCUCCAUACAUGCUCAGGAUGAAUAUGUGGACAAGUUCCUGAGUCGUUGUCACAACGUGGAAGAGGGCAAGAUCCCUCGGAGUAUCGGAGAACAGGACAUGAAAGCCAAGCUGGUCAAGAGCAUCAUGGAACUGAAUAAUGCUGUAGCUGAACCCCUCGUCAAAUUCCUCCCCAUCAUACUCGAUAAACUAAUCCUGAUGAUCGUAAGACCUCCUAUCAUUGGUGGACAGUUCGUUGACCAUGUCGGACAGCUUUGUUUCGACACCGUAGCUGAGAUCGUUGACCGUAUUCACAUCUUAUUAGACAAGGGCCAAGACAACCAUGGUCGUAAUUCCCUUCUCUGCUCCUACAUCCAGUAUUACUUCCGACCACCAGACACUGAUGAUGGCACUGUGGUUCAAGGCUUCUCGCCGCCUCCCCUUGGCAAAUUCCGUCUAGGUAACUACGGUACGGUGGCUAGAUCCAGCAGUUUCAACGUCAACCAACGAGCCUCGAUGUUCUCAAGUACAAGUAGCUCCAGCCUGUCUGGACCGGGCUCACCUGAGGAGGAUCUUGAAGGAAUGAUCCAUGGACGAUUUGGCAGCGACCGCUACAAUGCUCACUCGUUCAGUCGCUCAAGUCUUUUGAAUAACACUGGGAUGGGCAAUGUACCGGUGAUGGGUCUCGGUGGUCGUGUGCCACCGAAGAAGUUAGUACAUGAGGAGAUUGCACUGUUACUGGUUGUCUCCAAUGGCUCAGCAAAGGAGAAAGUCUUGAAUCAUGCCUGGUUCUUCUUUGAGCUUAUGGUGAAGAGUAUGGCCCAACAUCUUGCCGAGACGGACCGUCUUGACUCCCUGCGUAAGGGGCUGUUCCCUGAAGCUUACUGUCAAGAUAUCAGUAACAUCGUUGGCAUUGUUACCACUGAUAUUGUCGCUAGAUACAACAAGGAUGUGCGAGCUAUGCAGUUACUCAAUGCCAGCUUAGCAUUCUUCUUGCAGGAUCUCCUGUCCUUGAUGGAUAGAGGGUACGUCUUUGCUCUCAUAAGGAACUACUGCAAACAGGUUGCAGGAAAGAUCACCGUCAUGACAGACCCAACUAGUCUUGCCCAAUUGAAGCUAGACUUCUUGCGUAUCAUCGUUAGUCAUGAGCACUACGUCACCCUCAAUCUCCCGUUCCUACACACCGACAUCUCUCGUCCCCCAUCCCCAACGCCAUCCAUCAGUAGUAUGUCAUCCAUGAUGUCUCUAGCGUCGACGCUGCCUUCUACUGUCAAAGCUAAGUUGAUGCAACUCACUCCGGAGUUUCGGCAGCAGCACUUCUUGACCGGUCUGCUGCUCUCUGAUCUUGCCUGUGUGCUGCAGACUCUGAACAGCAGCCUCCACCAUCAGGCCAUAGACACGGUCAGUAACCUCCUGAGCUCCCACGAUGCUGACUCGCGCUUUGCGGACACCGACUGCCGCAUGAGGGUAGCGGCUCUCUACCUCCCCCUCUUGGGGAUCGUCAUGGACGCCAUCCCUCAGCUUAACUGUCAGAACGCCAACUCCAUCAAUCGACCCUCGGCCGCCAUGGGGGAUGAUGAAUCGGAUAUAGACGGCAAUCCUGUCAAUCAGACUGUUGCCAUGGCAAUAGCGGGGACCAGCGUGUACGCACGAUCUGAUGCCAAGGUUGAGUCUACACCUCUGCAGCGACCUCCAAGCCACACCAGACUGAGCGAGGAAUCAACACGAGAUCUCCUCCUAUGUUUCAUCUGGGUUCUCAAGAAUCUAGAUCCACGCACCCUACAGGAUUCAUGGGUCGCUCUGUCAGUCAGUCGCCUUAAUCAACUCCUAGAUGUGCUGUACUACUGCAUAUGUUGCUUUGAGUAUAAGGGUCGUAAGAUGAUAUACCGUCGGCAGUCUCGUCUUUCACUAAAGAAACAUGAUGUGAAGCAGCGUCUUGAAGAUGCAAUCCUAGGGACAUCUAAUGCUCGUAGUGAGAUGAUGCAGAGGCAUAGCAGACAGGGAUCCGGAUCAUUUGAUAGACAUUUCAAUCCUGCCCUCGGUCAGUCUGAGAAGCUGCGAUGGCGCAAGGACCAGACCCACUGGAAGCAGAACACUGAGAAUCAGACAGAAAAGCCUAGGUCAGCUCUUGAGUAUGAUGCCAAUGUUGAAGGUCAUCUCUCUACAGAGGUUUCUCUCACCGUCUUAGACACCAUUGAACUUCUAGUGCAGACCAUACAGAGUACAGACCACCUACAGGGAAGCCUGACUGGUGUAAUGGAAGUCCUACUUCAUUCUCUAGCCUGUAACCAGAGCAUUGUAGUGCUGCAGAAUAUUUUAGCUACACAGAGAUCCCUUGUUUGCAAGUACCCUGAGUUAUUAUUUGAAGAAGAGACAGAGCAAUGUGCUGAUCUAUGCCUAAGACUCCUGAGUCAUUGUAGUUCAUGUAUCAGCACUGUACGAUCCCACGCUAGCGCCUCUCUCUACUUACUCAUGAGACAAAACUUUGAGAUUGGAAAUAAUUUUGCCCGGGUGAAGAUGCAAGUGACGAUGUCACUGUCCAGCCUAGUGGGUACACAAACUAACUUCAAUGAGGAUCAUCUCCGUCGAUCACUCAAGACCAUCCUCAUGUAUGGGGAAGAGGAUAUUGAGUUUCAAGGAACGGACUUCCCUAAGCAGGUGCGAGACCUUGUAUUUAACCUACACAUGAUUCUGUCGGACACCGUCAAGAUGAAAGAGUUUAGUGAAGAUCCUGAAAUGCUGAUUGAUCUCAUGUACCGAAUCGCCAAGGGGUACCAGACCUCUCCUGACCUUCGUUUGACCUGGCUACAAAACAUGGCUGGUAAGCACACAGAGCAUAAGAACCAUACAGAAGCUGCCCAUUGCCUUGUACAUGCAGCUGCAUUGGUUGCUGAGUAUCUACAUAUGCUGGAAGAUCGACCAUAUCUACCUAUUGGUUGUGUGACAUUUGAGAAAAUCUCCUGUAACGUCUUAGAGGAGAGUGCAGUCUCUGAUGAUGUAGUGUCACCGGAUGAGGAAGGGAUCUGUACAGGGAAAUACUUCACUGAGAGUGGGUUGGUUGGCCUCCUGGAGCAUGCUGCGGCUUCCUUUAAUCUGGCUGGUAUGUAUGAGACAGUCAACCAGGUCUAUAAGAUUCUAAUCCCGAUCCAUGAAGCCAAUAGAGAAUACAAGAAGCUUGCCAUCAUUCAUGGUAAACUACAAGAAUCCUUCAAUAAGAUCGUACAUCUGCGUGGUAAGCGUCUUUUUGGAACCUUUUUCCGUGUCGGUUUCUACGGAUCUAAGUUUGGUGAUAUGGACAGAGAAGAAUUCAUCUACAAGGAGCCAGCUAUUACUAAGCUGCCUGAGAUUGCCCACAGACUGGAGAAUUUUUACUGCGAUCUUUUUGGUGCUGAGCAUGUUGAAGUGAUCAAGGAUUCAAACAAAGUAGAUCCAGCUAAGCUUGAUCCAGAUAAAGCAUUCAUUCAAGUCACGUACGUCGAGGCUUACUUUGACUUCUAUGAAACGCUUCAACGACCAACCUUUUUUGACAGGAACUACAAUAUCCGGAGGUUUAUGUUUGCCACACCCUUCACCAUCGGUGGGAAGGCCCAUGGUGAUCUGAAGGAUCAAUACAAGCGGAAGACUGUCCUAACAACCUCCAAAGCCUUUCCUUACAUUAAGACCAGAGUUGCUGUUGUACACAGACAAGAGACUGAGCUGUCUCCAGUGGAAGUAGCCAUCGAGGAUCUCCAAAAGAAGACAAAGGAGCUAACUCUAGCGACACAUCAAGAGCCUCCUGAUGCUAAGAUGCUUCAGAUGGUGCUACAAGGAUGCAUUGGGACCACCGUCAAUCAGGGACCUAUGGAAGUAGCUCUGGCAUUCCUCGGUGAUAGCUUAGAUGGGCAGCAAUUGGACAAGCACACCAACAAGCUAAGACUCUGCUUCAAGGAGUUCUCAAAGAAGUGCGGUGAUGCCCUCCGCAAGAAUAAGAACCUAAUCUGCCAUGACCAGAGGGAGUACCAAAAGGAACUGGAACGGAACUAUCACCGCUUCACUGAUCGCCUCAUGCCUCUCAUCUCUAACCCAGGGAGGGUUGGAACGGGAACGCUACGCAAGAGCGGACGGAAAGAUCGACGAAGUAAAGGCUCCAUCUCAUUGUCGAAGGUCAUCAAGACCAGCGAAACACUGUAAUGACAGACUUUUGGAAAUUUAAGGUGGAAGCGUAAAUAAUAAUAAUAAUAAUAAUAAUAAUAAUAAUAAUAAUAAUAAUAAUAAUAAUAAUACAAAUGAAAUAUUUAUAGAAGGCCUAAUGCAAGGGCCUCAUGGCAUUUCACAGAAAAAAAAAAAGCAAAAAGGUAAGUAAGUAAAAAUCUAAAAAUUUAAAAUACUCAUAGCCUUAAAUUAAAAGUAUUGGGAACAAGUUUUUAAAAACUCAACCAAAAGACAAUUAGCUACAAAAUAAAACAGUACAAUAUGUAAAUAUUUGCACUUAGCGUCACGUUCCCAGUUUGCAAAAGCAAUAUUGGGUACUGAGGGUAACAAAAUUAAGGGGGGGCCAGAUAUGUUUUAAUUCCAGUCUCUUCAGAAUAUAUAUCAGCUAGUGUUUGGUUUUCAGAUGACCAAGCUGUAGAGGUCCAUAGCAACACCCUUGGCAACAGCCAUAGCCAUUGGCAACAGCCCUAGGCAUAACCCUAUCCACCAAGUCGGACUGAGUCUUUGAGACUCAAGAUGAGUGUGUGUAAUGAUCAAUAUCUGUAGAGUCGGAUAACAGUUUCUUUUUAUUACAAUGUGUUUCUGUAUUUUUACAA